UCUAGUGUCGCUGCGCUAGCAAAUCCAGCGCUGCCAGUUCUUGUCAUGUUUUCAGAGAAACAGCGGUGCUUUUUUCCCACUGGAAUACGUGAAGACAUCACCGCACACUGCUGUCAACGAAGUCUACGCCUGAAGGUGCUUUAAUUGCUGUGGGAAUAGACCAGAAGGAGCAACAACAGUUCAAAGCGUUUCGCUCAGUGCCCCCCAGUCGGCAAGAAUAGCCUUCCAGUUCCCACAUCACACCACAUCCAUGUUGACUGCGGCAGCCUUCGCACUGGGUCCAGGGCUACAAACACCACAACCCCUUUGUUCUUCUGUGGCAAAGAUCCGGCCAAAUUGUAGCGGUUUGUGGAAGGACUAUCGCAUGUUACAAUGUACAUCCCAGUUUGAGUCUGAAAGAUUGUUUACGCGUUAAAAUGGCUGCUGAAAUGGCAUUUGGAAGAGAGUGGUCUUGAAUCAAUGCAGUAACGUUACAUUAACCUAGCAGAGGCCAAAUAAGCUACACAGGCUAACUAAUUGAUGUUUUAGCUCAACGAGUUAGCUUUUAAAAUUAGCUUUUAUCGAUGGUUUUUGGUAGGUUCUUCCAACAAGAGGUAGGGUGAAGGGAAUUCCUCCCACUCCAAAUCUAUGCAUGCGGUUAAACAAGCAGCCUUUAAAAAAAACAUAGCUAACAUUGCAUUUUCUUAGCCAUUUUUGUCCAAAGCUUUGUAAACAGGCUUAGCUAAGCCCUCGUGAGUAUGCAUAACACUCAGCGAAUAUGCAGGACUUCUUUGUUUUAAUUGAAACAGCCUGAGUAGCCGAGGCUUUCUUCCAAAGCAUACCUAAAGGCCCCGGUCUUUUACUCGUCGACCUGGCAAAAAAUGGAUCCAGGGGGGAAAUGUAAGACUGAACUCUUUCUUUUUGGACCCAAAGUAGCCACCCACAGCGACCUGCGGGGGAUCAACAGAUACUUGGUGGUCUAUGUUUUGUUUUACUUCGUACUGUUCACUCACGCUUCCCCGGCGAAACCCUGUGACAAGAAUUGUCUCUCUGGAAAAUGUAUCAACGGAUCCUGCAUCUGUGAUCGAGGAUGGGUUGGAGACCAAUGUCAGCACUGCCAAGGGAGGUUCAAGUUGACGGAGCCCUCAGGAUACCUCACCGAUGGUCCAAUCAACUACAAGUACAAAACAAAGUGCACCUGGCUCAUCGAGGGCUAUCCAAAUGCGGUUCUUCGGUUAAGAUUUAACCACUUCGCCACAGAAUGUAGUUGGGAUCAUAUGUACGUCUACGAUGGAGACUCAAUAUAUGCCCCUCUGGUUGCUGUUUUCAGCGGUCUCAUCGUCCCAGAGAUCCGAGGAAAUGAGACGGUCCCUGAGGUUGAGACAACUUCAGGCUACGCACUACUACACUUUUUUAGCGAUGCUGCCUAUAACCUGACGGGAUUUGAAAUCUUUUACUCGAUCAACUCUUGUCCCAAUAACUGUUCCGGUCAUGGGAAGUGCACCCCUGGUAACUCGGCCGCCAGCAGAGUGUACUGUGAAUGCGACAAGUAUUGGAAAGGCGAGGCCUGUGACAUCCCUUACUGCAGGAACAACUGCGGCAGCCCCGAUCACGGCUACUGCGACCUCACCGGGGAGAAGCUGUGUGUCUGCAAUGACAGCUGGCAAGGCCCAGACUGCUCUCUAACCGUCCCUUCAACCGAGUCCUUCUGGGUCUUACCAAGCGUCAAGCCCUUCGGCACGUCACUUGCCAGAGCCUCCCAUAAGACCGUGGUGCAGGAAAAGGUCAUGUGGGUGGUGGGCGGAUACACCUUCAACUACAGCUCCUUCCAGAUGAUUCUCAACUACAACCUGGAGAGUGGCAUCUGGAACACAGUUCCCAUCAACAGUGGCCCUGUGCCAAGAUACGGCCACUCGCUCGCCGCCUACCAGGAUGAUAUCUAUAUGUUCGGUGGGAAGCUCGAGGCAGGCUGGGGAAACGUGACAGACGAGCUGUGGGUGUUCAACGUACCCAGCCGGACGUGGCAACGGAGAAACCCUGUGGUCGGUCCACCAACUCAAGCUCAGAUCUACGCAGUGGAGGGUCACUCAGCCCACUGCGUCGCACUAGACGGGGGCGAGGCCAUCAUGCUGGUCAUCUUUGGCUACUCCCCCAUCUACAGCUAUGUCAGCAACGUUCAGGAGUACAACCUGAGAUCCAACACGUGGCUGGUGCCUGAGACCAAAGGUGCCGUUCCCCAGGGAGGUUACGGCCACAGCAGCACGUACGACAGCGCCAGUGGUAGUGUUUAUGUUCACGGAGGCUAUAAGGCGCUGCCUGCCAACAAAUACGGUCUUGUUGAUGACCUCUACCGCUAUGACAUUAACACACGGACAUGGUUUAUUCUGAGAGAGAGCGGCUUUCCACGGUAUUUGCACUCUGCUGUGCUCCUCAGCGGCACCCUGCUCAUCUUUGGUGGCAACACGCACAACGACACAUCGCUCAGCAACGGGGCCAAGUGUUUCUCCGCCGAUUUCCUUGCCUAUGACAUCGCUUGUGAUGAGUGGAGGCUCCUGCCUAAACCAGACCUGCACAGGGAUGUCAACCGCUUUGGUCACUCUGCUGUGGUCAGCAAUGGGUCCAUGUAUGUGUUUGGGGGCUUCUCCGGUGUAUUGCUCAACGACGUGCUUGUCUACCGACCCCCCAGCUGCCAGGCCUUCUUGGCAGAGGAGGGAUGCGUGAAGGCUGGGCCAGGGGUCCGCUGCAUCUGGAGCAGAGGCCGCUGUGUCCCUUGGGAACCCAGCAUGGCUAAUGGAAGCCUCCUUCCUGCCCCAUUCUGCCCCCCAAAAGCUGUCACAGUGGACGAGCGGUGCUUCCGGUUCUCAGACUGCGCCAGCUGCACAGCGAACACCAACGGGUGCCAGUGGUGCGAUGACAAGAAGUGCAUCGCUGCCUCCAGCAACUGCACUUCUAACGUGAGGAACUUCACUGAGUGUCCAGUGCGGAACGAGCAGGUGUGCAGCAAGCUUGCCAACUGCAAGAGCUGCUCUCUGAAUCUCAACUGUCAGUGGGACCAGAAUCAGUCAGAGUGCCACGCUUUGCCUGCUCAGCAGUGCAGCGAGGGAUGGAGCCAGGUGGGGGAGGCCUGCCUGAGGAUCAACUCCAGCCGCGAGAGUUAUGACAAUGCCCAGCACUACUGCAAGAACCUCAAUGGAAACAUUGCCUCACUCACCACCUCUAAACAAGUGGACUUUGUGCUUGAGCAGCUGAAGAAGCUCCAUCAGCAAGACAAGCGGCUGUCUCCCUGGGUGGGCCUGAGGAAAAUCAACGUGUCAUACUGGGGCUGGGAGGACAUGUCUCCCUUCACCAACAGCAGCCUGCGCUGGCUGCCUGGCGAGCCCAGUGAUUCUGGUUUCUGUGCCUACCUGGAGGAGCCUCAGGUGUCAGGCCUCAGGGCCAAUCCAUGUACUGCCACUGCCCACGGCCUCAUCUGUGAAAAAGCUACCGGAAACCCCAAUCAGAGCACCCGCCCGUCCUGUAAGAAGCCUUGCUCGCUGCACACCACUUGUGCCAACUGUACCAGCCAGGCCAUGGAGUGUAUGUGGUGUGGCAGUGUGCAGCGCUGUGUCGACUCAACUGCCUAUGUCAUCUCUUUUCCCUAUGGCCAGUGUCUGGAGUGGCAGACUGGAGAUUGUGUGGCCCAGAACUGCUCGGGCCUGCGGACGUGUUCCCAAUGCCUGGAGCAGCCUGAGUGCGGCUGGUGUGGAGACCCCAGCAGCACAGGGAAGGGCCUGUGCAUGGAGGGCUCCUACCGGGGGCCAAUGAAGAGACCAGCGAAGCAGGGCCAGCAGGUCCAGUCCCAGGACAUGAUCCUGGAGCCGGGAAGCUGCCCCAAAGACAAGGGCUACGAGUGGGCCUUCAUUCACUGCCCCGCAUGCCAGUGCAAUGGCCACAGCACAUGUGUGAACGGCAGUGUGUGUGAACAGUGCCGUAACCUCACCACUGGCCCUCACUGCCAGACCUGCAUGCCUGGUUACCAUGGAGAUCCAACCAAUGGCGGCAAAUGCCAGGCCUGUAAGUGUAAUGGUCACGCAAGUGUGUGCCAGGUGUUAACUGGCAAGUGCUUCUGUACCACCAAGGGGAUCAAAGGAGACCAGUGCCAGCUAUGUGACUCAGAAAACCGUUACCUUGGCAAUCCACUCAGAGGAACCUGUUACUACAACCUCCUGAUCGACUACCAGUUCACCUUCAGUCUCAUCCAAGAAGAUGAUAAUCACUACACUGCCAUCAACUUUAUGGCCUCACCUGAGCAGGCAAACAAGAACUUGGACAUGUCCAUUAAUGCAUCCAACAACUUUAACCUCAACAUCACCUGGUCGGUGGGAUCAACAGCUGGAACCAUCUCUGGAGAGGAGGUGCCCAUUGUGUCCAAAACUAACAUCAAGGAAUACAGAGACAGUUUCUCCUGUGAGAAGUUCACUUUCAGGAGCAACCCAAAUAUUACCUUUUAUGUCUACGUCAGUAACUUCUCAUGGCCCAUCAAGAUCCAGAUUGCCUUCUCCCAACACAACAGUAUCAUGGACCUGGUCCAGUUCUUUGUGACAUUUUUCAGUUGCUUUCUGUCACUCCUCCUGGUGGCGGCAGUGGUGUGGAAGAUCAAACAGACUUGCUGGGCUUCACGACGGAGAGAACAACUGAUGAGAGAGCGUCAGCAGAUGGCCAGUCGUCCAUUUGCCUCAGUUGCAGUUGCACUGGAUGCCAACACAGAAGAAACAGAACUGUUGCAGCCUGUGCUUGAUGGUGCACCUAAACCUGUUGCAAUGGAACCAUGUUCAGGAGGGAAAGCUGCUGUGUUGACUGUCCUCAUGCGUCUGCCCUCUGGACCGUCAGACUUACCUCCUCCAGGACAGUCAGGACUCAUCGUUGCCAGUGCGCUGAUAGACAUUUCACAGCAGAAACCAACAGAUUUUAAGGACAAGUCCCAGGGUUUAAAGAACCGAAAAGCCCUUCCUCCUGCACACCAAGGCACCUGCGUCUGAGUCUAACCCAAACCCGUCAAUCCAUUUGGGUCACUUUUUUAUACCAUCUGAGGUCAUAUUGUUCCAAUAUACCACAGGUCCCAGUUGGAGGCCUUUCCAGAGACAACCCAUGGCUACAUGUAAAAGAUUACAUCUGGCUGCUACCGCGAGUCCACAAGAGCACAACCCUGCUUACCUUUUCUGCCCCUUUGCUCAAAUCUGCAUAAAUCAAUCUCUGGUCACAUGAAUCCUUCUCCAAUCUCUGGAACAACUUUUCCUCCACCUUACUGGGCCCAAAUAAGCUUUGGCAGACAUCAUGACAAAACUUGUCUGCGCUUAAAGGGGACCUGCCAUCAGUGACAUCAGAGACAGAUAAGUCAGGAGGAUCUGCACCCACUGAAGCUUCAGUUGUAGAGAUUUUGCCACACCUCAUCAUCCAUUUGCCCAGCAAGUGGGAAAAGCAAACGUAUCUGUACGUUACGUCGUAUCAAAGUUUAAUCAAUUUCCCUUACGUGUUGGAAAUACAAGAGAUGAUUUUUUUUUUUAAAGGCUGGUAGACAUCCAGCACAUGCUGCCUAUGGGGUUUUUGUUCUUCUUUUUGCUUGCCAACAAGUGGUAUUCUAUGGUGCUAAAGCAUUUAGUUCUUAUGCGAAGCCUUUGCUGUAUGGACUGAAAUCAUUCUGCCUUUUUCAUGGGGGAAGCUAUGCGCUAGGCCAGGACUCUUUUUAACACCCCGUGACCACACACAGUGUUUUCACAGCUAGAGUAUUUUGUCACACCACUUCUGCCAAUUAUCUGUUAUAGCAUUUACUGUACAUAUGUAUCAUCCACCCAGCUGAAGCUAAAGUCUGUAUUUUCUGUGGAGUACAUAUACAAAAUGCUGCAGACAUGAGACUGCAAUUACUACCAGCAGCAUAGGGGUGCAAACUGGAGGCGGCACGAACAACGCAUCAGUCAUCAAACUAAAGCAUGGAAAACUCCAAAACUCUAGAACACUUAAAUGCAUUUUUUAUUAGCGAACUGGAAGUUUCAUUUGUUACAAGAUCAGUUCUUUCAGUGUGCUCACAACAAGACGUUGAAUGAUGCAGAGAAACACUGAAGUUCUGGUCGAUUCUUUACUGUAGUCUGUUAUUGUGUCAUUUGCUGUGCAACUUGGACAUUAGGUUUUUUAACUUGCCCUUGGAUUGGUGUGGUGGAUAGAUUUUGGAGAAAGACAUCUGCUUAAUGAAAUCAGACCAGGGACACCAUGCUCCCCUGGCUGUUUACUAAUUUGUUUUGUAAGUUUUUUUAAGAGCCCUCUGAUGCUAUGACUUUAUUUCCAUCUUUGAGUACAAGGAUUUCCGUUACCUUUUUAUAAUGCCUUGGCUUUCCAUGGAAGGAGGAGGACAUGUUGAUCUGCAGAAUUUUAAAAGCUGUCGACCAUUUUUAGCCCUGAAACCUCCACCCUGAGCUGUACAGUGUCUUGUUGGAACAAAUGUGAGUCUUCGUCACUCUUAUCUCUUGAGAUUUCCUGUGUUUGUCAGGUUUUUAUGACAGAAUGGCAAGAGAUUAUCAUUUAUUUUAGGCCUUGUCACUUGUUACUAUUUCAUCUACGAUAAAUUGUAAGUCUUUUGCUACACUUGUGAAAAGAGCAUUUCUGUUAAUAUUUUUUUGUUUUGAUAUUUAACAGAUUCCUGUGUAAUAGCAUUUAACUUGAUUAUGUUGUUGAAUUAAAUCAGUUGUUUUAAUGUCAAACUCCUUUUGAAUCGUGCAUCUUUAAGGACUGUAUGGGCAUUGUCUUGCUUUUUUGUUGCAAAGUGGUCGUUACGAUGCAUUUCAUAAGGCUAGUAUGCCAGCUAAUGUGUUUUUAUUUUGUGUUUGUAGAAUAAUCCUAUAACAGUGUCAUUACACAGGAAUCAGGGUCUCACUGUACCGUGAAAAAAGAUGAUAAACUGCAUAUCAGUAAUCUUCAGUGUAUUUUAAAGAUGGACAACAUGCCAGAAAAUAAAAAGAAAAACAGACCUGAAAA